AUGCAAUUGGAACCCUUCCAUGUUGAGAUGCUCCUUAAUGUUCCAGGCAAAGUUGAUCCUGUUCGCCAGCAAGUUCCAGUCCUGUUGCCGCAUGAGAUUCUAGAUGCUGUUUGGCAUGCUGGGGAUGCACAGGAGCGGUCGGGGAAAGGUUAA